UCAUUUCCUGUUCGCAAUGUCUGUUCUUCCCCAUCAUCUCGUUGCAACUUCACUCUCAUCGUCGACCUCCAACUUCUUCGCUCAAAAUAGCUUCGAUGUUGUAAGAACUCAGGUGGUAAGUGCACCUUUUAGAAAGAUGGGAGUUUGUAAAUGCGUAGCUACUUCCCCCACUGAACAGACUGCUUACAAGACGCAAGUCUCCCGCAAUGGGAAUAUUGCUAAACUUCAAGCCGGUUACCUCUUUCCAGAGAUUGGUAGAAGGAAGGCUGCACAUAUGUUGAAACACCCUGAUGCACAAGUGAUAAGCCUUGGAAUUGGUGAUACUACUGAGCCCAUUCCAGAAGUUAUUACUUCUGCCAUGGCUAAGAGAGCACUCGCCUUAUCAACUGUUGAGGGUUACAGUGGAUAUGGAGCAGAACAAGGUGAAAAACAACUGAGAGCGCGACUUGCUUCAACGUUUUAUGGGAACCUUGGUAUAGAGGAAGAUGACAUAUUUGUAUCUGAUGGUGCAAAAUCAGACAUUUCUCGCCUUCAGGUCUUGUUUGGGUCCAACGUUACUAUGGCAGUGCAAGACCCUUCAUAUCCGGCUUAUGUAGAUUCAAGUGUUAUAAUGGGUCAGACAGGGCAGUUCCAAAAGGAUGUUGAGAAAUUUGGAAAAAUUGAAUACAUGAAAUGUACCCCAGAGAAUGAUUUCUUUCCUGAUUUAUCUAAAGUUUCUCGAACAGACAUCAUAUUUUUCUGUUCACCCAACAAUCCAACUGGUUCCGCUGCAUCAAGGGAGCAACUGAUUCAAUUAGUAAAGUUUGCAAAAGACAAUGGGUCCAUCAUUAUAUAUGAUUCAGCAUAUGCCAUGUAUGUGUCAGGAGACACCCCUAAAUCCAUCUUUGAAAUCCCUGGAGCCAAGGAGGUUGCAAUUGAAACAGCUUCUUUCUCCAAGUAUGCUGGAUUUACCGGAGUUCGUCUAGGGUGGACUGUAGUCCCAAAAGAGCUUAAGUAUUCAGAUGGAUUUCCUGUGGCAAAGGACUUCAACCGCAUUGUUUGUACUGGCUUUAAUGGCGCAUCAAACAUUGCUCAAGCUGGUGGUCUUGCUUGCCUUUCUCCUGAAGGUCUUGAGGCUAUGCAUGAAGUGGUUGGGUUCUACAAAGAAAAUACACAGAUUAUAGUGGAUACAUUUACUUCGCUUGGUUUUAAAGUAUAUGGAGGAAAACAUGCCCCAUAUGUGUGGGUUCACUUUCCGGGCCAAAGCUCAUGGGAUGUGUUCAGUGAGAUUCUCGAGAAGACCCAUGUCGUGACCACGCCUGGUAGUGGGUUCGGACCUGCUGGUGAAGGGUUCGUUAGGGUCAGUGCAUUUGGCCACCGGGACAACGUGUUGGAAGCCUGCCGGAGAUUCAAGGAGCUGUACAAGUAAGAAAAAUGAACCUUCAGAAAAUCAUCCAGGUUUUGUAGUUUUAAACUAUUCAAUAAACUGAUGGCUGAGCUUUGGUGUUGCCCAUCUAGACUUUCUAUUGGUUUAGUGUAACUUUAGAUUUGUGAAAAAUGCUUGAUUUAUGCAGAGCUCAAGAUUGUUAUGAUUCUACAUUAAUCUAAAUUGUUUUUAAGUUGUCCUCCUAA